UAAAGAUGGCCGUCAAAUGUUUUCGUCGGCAACGGAUCUGACUGAUUCUAUUCAUAGGAGGAUAGGGUCUACGUCUAUUGUUUUUAAAAUCGUUCAUAACUUUUUGAAGGUGCAAACGGAUCCAGGUCUAGUUCUUCUGCGAACACAGACAAAGGCCCAGGCCAUUUGCACUGUUACACUACUACUGUUGUCACUCACAACAUCCAAGACCCCUCAGCCUCAACCUGGCUACAAAAUCGCAGGAGGAUACUGCAACUGAUUGAUGAAAAAUAAAUAGCUGGGAGGAAUAGGAAUCAGCUGGAUAUUUCAGUUUGAAUAUAAUAAUGUCUGGAGGAAAUGAAAAAUGGCUGGAUGCCUACCACGACCCUGUGGCAUCCUUGUAUACCUUCACCCAGUGCCUCACACUCUCAGACAUUCAGGCAGAUGGAGACUGGAAGCUGAUAGUGGCAGAUCUUGGCACUGGAAGCUAUGACAUGAAGCUUAAAGUUUACAAAAAUACAACGCUGAUGAGUGAACAUACCAUAAUUGAUCUUCCUACUGGAGUGGUCACAUUUUACAUGGACACUCUGGAGCCAAGAACUCCAGCCAUUGCAGUCGCUUCAGGACCCUACAUUUAUGUGUACAAGAAUCUGAGACCUUAUUUCAAGUUCACCUUGCCACCUUUAGAUAUUCACCCCAUGGAAGAAGACUUAUGGAACCAGGCUAAAGAUGACCAAGUGAAUGUAUUCAGUAUGAGGGAUAUGCUAGAGUCUCUAAGGCAAGAGGGAUGUUCUCUAACUGUGAGGACUCUGAGACUUUUACAGCUUGAACCAAACAACAUAGAGGCUUUUGUUAAUGUGCAUAAAAACACACCUCUGAAAAAACAGACUGUGAUUACAUGUUUGACCACAAUGAAGAAGUCUGUGGCGGAUGAGGAUGCCAUUAGCUGUCUCGUUCUCGGCACAGAGAGCAAGUCCAUCUAUAUUCUGGACCCAGAGGCCUUCACAGUGUUGGCCACCAUGGACUUGCCCAGUGUUCCUGUGUUCAUCAGCGUCAAUGGCUUGUUUGAUGUAGACUAUCGCAUCGUCGUCUCCUGCAGGAAUGGAUGUGUGUACACUUUGAAGAGAGGCAGCAAGGACGUGACCAAGCACAUGAUAGAGCUCAACUCACAACCUGUUGGCAUGGAGAGGAUCAACAAGAACAUCUAUGUUGCUUGCAUGGACGAGACUCUGCAUUGUUUCACAUCAAAGGGUAAAAAACUGUGGACAGUGCGCAUGCCUGCCAGCAUCAUGACCUUGGAGGUGAUUGACUACAAGCCUCGCAGUUUUGCUGGCAUCUUGGUUUCCCUGAGCAACCAGGAAGUUCACAUAUACAAAGAAAAAUUCUUGGUAGACGUACUUAAGAUGGAUGACGUAGUGACUGGCAUGAGAUUUGGUCGAUUUGGAAGGGAGGAUGGGACCCUUGUCAUGUCUACUAAAAGAGGGGGUCUCUAUGUGAAGAUUCUCAAAAGGACGGCCAAGUUUGAGGAGAGGGACAUGUCAGCUGGCCCGCCUGCUGCUCAGAAUGUGAAACUGAAUGUCCCAAGAAAAACAAAACUUUUUGUUGACCAGACACAGAGGGAACGAGAGAAUGGAGUCUCCAUGCACCGGACAUUUCAGCGCGACCUGGCCCUGUUACGGCUCAAAGUAAUGAGAGAGUACGUGAAGGCACUUGACAACAGCAUGAACCCUAUCUCCUCGGACCCUAUGGAGCCAAUCAAGCUGUCCGCCCAUGUUCAGGGAAUUGGUCCCACUUUCAAGUUCACUGUCAAGCUGCAGAACACCUCUCUGACUCAAGCAUGCUCCAAUCUCCUCAUCACUUUUGACUAUGAUGAUAAGCUCUACGACUUCCGCAAAAAACUUGUACAGGUCCCCAUGCUGGUUCCUGGCCUGACCUAUGACUUUGAGACUUUUGUAGAUUGCUUGAAUGACAAGGGUGUCACUGAAAAUGUGAAGGUCUAUGUUCUGAAGCCUGGCAAAUCAGUUCCGAUCAUCACUGGAGUGGUCAGCAUGCCUGUCAGUGAAAGCAUCGUUGUGGUCUGAGGGACGCCAGUGAUGAAACUUUUAUUUCUGUGACUGUGAUAGGAAAAUUUUGUUUUGGGUCAAAGAAGCAAAAUAAUCUCCACUAUUUUAAACCCAUUCACUUCCUCAGAAUAAUGGUGUCUUUGUUGCUAAAAAUAACAGUUGCAAAGCUACCUUGAGAUUUAAGGUAAUAAAGAGGAGAAUAUCUCUAUUUUUGUAUAAAUUUUGCAUAGAAAGAAAUGUCUCUUUCAAUUUUGUGUGCAAAGUUAUCUAUCUUAUACUUGUGCCGUGUGUUAAGGGUAUUGGUAUGAUAAUGCAUUCAUUAUAGUUAUUGUAGUUAAUGGAGUAGUGUUGUGAAGCGUCAUGACAUUGCAACUUGCCCUGUUUUAUUUGAAGUAAAGGUGUUAUAUAAAUAUA